AUGACUAAAACUUUUUUUGAUAUCUCAGCUGAUGGCUCUCCUUUAGGAAGAAUCACUUUCCAAUUGUACGAUGACGUUGUUCCUAAAACCGCUGAAAAUUUUAGAGCAUUAUGUACCGGUGAAAAGGGUUUCGGUUAUAAAGGUUCUAUUUUCCACAGAGUCAUUCCCAACUUUAUGUUACAAGGUGGUGACUUUACCAAUUUUAAUGGUACUGGUGGUAAAUCAAUUUACGGUACAAAAUUUGCUGAUGAGAAUUUUAACAAAAAACAUACUAAACCAGGUUUAUUGUCAAUGGCCAAUGCUGGACCAAAUACUAAUGGAUCACAAUUCUUCAUUACAACUGUUCCAUGUCCUUGGUUAGAUGGUAAACAUGUUGUUUUCGGUGAAGUUGUUGAUGGAUUCGAUAUCGUUAAAAAGGUUGAAUCCUAUGGUUCUGGAUCAGGAGCUACUUCUAAAAAAAUCACCAUUGAUGCUUCAGGUGUAUUGUAA